CUAGCUACAUGCAGCUGUCUGUUAUCUAGAUAGAUAUAUAUAAUUAUAGCUAGUAUAGCUACUCUUUUAGGACAACCACUUAUCAACUUGCUGUCAGCACUGACCAUUUAGAGAAGUGUCCCAAGCUAACAAGUAAAUUGUUCCAUAGCUACCUCUGCACAAGAAUCACCUACCAGCAGUCAUUGUAAAUAUCUGUCCUAGAACAUAAUUAUUUGGUUGUCCGAUGAUUCUUAUUUCGAAUGGGAACAGUUUUUACACUGGAAUUGGGAUACAGUACCAAUCUUACCUCCUCAAUUUGCUCUGACAACGCUUUAGCAGAUCUAUUCCUCUACUGGAAAACCCUGGAAAAUCCGGGAUCCUAAGAACAGAAGGAAAAUUGCUGUUUUACUAUUUGGAUUUACGCUAUUGCAAACAGGAAUUUUCUUCGCAAAUGCACUAUUGAGCAGUGACGAAACUGUAUGCUAAGUUACAGUCAUUUUUCCCCGAGUGAAGACCAGUGACACUUUAUUCCACUAAUCUGAUAGUAUUUAUGUGUGUAUUCAUGUGUUAAAAAGAUAACAUAUUUAUUUAUUUAUGUUCACAAUGUAAGUACUACACAUACUAAAGGUUGCGAAUUGGCAAGUUGUGUAAUUAUUACUCUAUAUUUUGUUUUUAUUCGCAUAUCAUAAAGGGAAGGUUAACUUCAUAAGGUGUUUGAAGCAGAUGAACCCUUGUUUGCCAUCGAUACAUCAAAUAAAGCAACUUGUUUUGCCUGUUUUUGAGCCCCCAACGAAGUAUUAUUCAUCUGAUGGGACACCCUUUUAUGCAAAUUCAAUGAUGGCAACAAUACGUCAUUGCUUCGCUAAUCCAUUGUUUGCAAGUGUAGUCCAGAGGUAUCCAGUUCAGCCUGACAUGGAGUUGAUGGAAAUGUAUCAUGGAGAGCGCUGGAGAACAGACCCAAAACUUCAAACCCCUAUGGCUGUUUUGCCUGUGGGUCACGUGUUUGUCAACGACUUUGUUAUAGUCUCACAUCCACACUUUGGAAGUAUAUGUGUGAAGGUUCACAGAUUUUACUGCAAGGGUUCUGAGUUGCAUAUCCAAGCACAUAUAUUGCUACACUGGACCAAUUAAAAAUAGCAUUCACAUCAGUUGUCUACCUGUAUCCUGAGCCGGGUGCUUUGGUUAUACUUGAAUCUUCUGACUUCAAGGUUACGAACAUUCUAACUAUUGUUUCACCACCUAGCUCCCUACUUCGAUAUAUGUUGGAUUCAAACACUCUCGAACAACUUGGAAUGAAGGAAUUUGAGGAUUUCAUUCAACCUCAUCCACUUAAGUAUUCAGGAUUAGGAAAGCCUGUUGUCACUGCACCAAUUAUUCUUUACUCUGACGAUACAAGUGGAAAUAAGAGUAAAAAGUGGAACUGUUUUAACAGUUGGUGUUUCCUUGUGGCAGGACUUCCGCGUAGUGAAAAUUCUCAAUUACGUAACAUACACUUUAUUACUUGUUCCAACAAGGUUUCUGUGUUGGAUAUGUCACGACCUGUUGCUGAGGAUAUCAAAACACUCCAAGAGGGAAUAACUGUCUUUGAUGCAUUUCUCAAAACUGAGGUUAUUGUGAGGGCACCUGUGAUUUGCUUGAUUGCUGAUAAUCCUCGCGCAGCAGAAGUCAUUAAUCAUCGAGGUGGAAGUAGCAGGAAGUACUGCAGAAAGUGCAUGGUUGACAGAGAAGUUGAUCCUGUUGAUGUGAGCACUCUACGUACGAAAGAUGUAUCACUUAGCCAAAUGAGAACUAUACAGUCUGCACGGACAGAGUCAGAGAAGGAGAGUCUUCGAACUAGCUUUGGACUUCGUGAACGAGAAAAUCCCAUACUGUCAUUGAACGUUGAUUUAUAUCAAUCGACACCUGUUGAAUGUCUCCAUACGAUUUUGCUCGGCCCGGUCAAGUACUUACUGAAACGCUUCAUUGCUGGAUUAAAAAAGGAACAAAAAGUAGAAGUUCUGGCUAUUGUUCAACAAUUCAAUUAUUCUGGCUUUGACGUUCGACUGUAUGGAAACAUAAUCAAACACCAUUGUUCAUUUGUUGGGAGGGAUUACAAAGCCUGGGCACAGAUGGCUGCUUUUAUUGUGACCCCAUAUGUGACUACCAAUGAAAGAAAAUUAUGGUUGGCACUUUUAAAAGUGUUCAGACUGGCAUAUUGUGUUCCAUUUAAUCCAAAUUGUUCUGAGGAAAGCAGACAAGUAUGUAAGGGGUUUGUAGACCUGGUGAAGGAAUACAACCCACAAAUGCUUAAAAAAAUGAAAGUGCACCUACUGCUCCACCUUGUGGAUGACCUCUGUGACUUCGGUCCCACUGCUGCUUUCAACACUGAAAGGUGUGAAGCCUUUAAUUCAUUGAUGAGGGAGCAGAACAUUUUUUCAAACAGACGAGCCCCAAGUCGUGAUAUUGCUGUUUCGUUUUCAACGUUAGAAGCAUUGAGAUUUGUCUGCUCAAGUGGCUAUUACCAGAGUGAGACAAAUGAGGAUUUUCAACAGUGUGGUGCUGGAUUGACUAAUCUUUACAACCAGCAUGCAGUACAAACUGUUUUGAAUGGUGUCUCGCCAAAAUCACUAAAUCUUGGCAAGGCUAUAUAUCAGUCUGGAGCACUGAGAAAGAAACAAGGCUCAACCAAGAAAUUGAAAGAUGUUGCCUUGUCUUUCAAUGGCGCCAAUCAGAUGUAUGGUGAAGUCUCAAGAGAAUAUGAUAUACAUUCAUCACCGUCUUUCUUGAAUUUGGAUGUUUUGGUGCAAACAUAUGGAGCAGUUUAUUCCCAAAAGGGUCAACUCGUCAAUAAUGGACACUAUGUACGAAUUACUCCUUGCUUGAAUGUUGUGUACGGACUCCUGUUGACAUGUGUUACGCUGGACAAUUUAACCUACUGCAUUCUACAGGAGCUCGAGUUGCAACAAGUUAUGGGUUUCACCGUACACAAUGAGCAAGACUGUCCCUUGUUAACUUUGACAAAAACAUUGUGUGUUGUUCCAUCUAGUGCUGUUAUUACACAUAUUUCAGUGAUUCAUCAAUGUACUAGCACUUGUAACAUUACUAUGCAGCCUUUCACAAUCGAACGAGAACGAGAGCAACUUAGUAAUGAAAAACUUGUUCAUUAUCAUGAUUUUUCUAAUGAUAUGUACUGUUUGAAUGUCUUCUGUAUGAAUCAGUAAUUUUUAUAAGUUGUUCUCUAGCUAUUUUAACUGCUGCAUGUCAACACAUCAUUGUC